GUAAUAACGUUUUUUUUGUCUUAGAAAUUAAAAACCCUCUGUACAACACCUCUAGAGUUUGUCUUUGAUUUCUCAAACCAGCAUCGCAGAUUUCGCAGUGCUAUUUGUUUCAUCCUAAGAGAGGUGGGUGGCAUGGAGGUUGAAUUGAAAGCAUUGCUGGAUGAUCUCGAUGUCCUCGAGAAAUCUCUCUCCGAUUCCGCUCCGAUCCACAAGCUGCGAUCACAUGUUGAGAAUCUAGCGGCUCUGUCUAAGUGUAACCCUCACCGGCGUUCCAAAGUGAAGGAGUUAAGUUCGGAAGUGGUAGAUAGUAAUCCUUACAGUAGGCUUAUGGCCCUUCAGCGGAUGGGUAUUGUUGAGAACUAUGAGAGAAUCAGAGAGUUUUCAGUCGCCAUUGUUGGAAUUGGUGGUGUUGGAAGCGUUGCUGCUGAAAUGCUGACCAGAUGUGGUAUAGGUCGCCUUUUGUUGUAUGACUAUGACACUGUCGAACUUGCUAACAUGAACCGUCUCUUUUUCCGACCUGAUCAGGUUGGUAUGACAAAGACUGAUGCUGCCGUCCAGACGCUUGCUGAAAUAAACCCUGACGUAGUACUUGAGAGUUUCACAAUGAACAUAACAACAGUGCAAGGCUUUGAAACCUUCACGUCCAGCUUGAAGAACAAGUCUUUUUGUCCUACCAAGGCCGGCAGUGGCGUGGAUCUUGUCUUGAGUUGUGUCGAUAAUUAUGAAGCAAGGAUGGCUGUCAACCAGGCAUGCAAUGAGCUAAGUCAGACAUGGAUGGAGUCAGGUGUCUCUGAAGAUGCCGUUUCAGGUCACAUACAGCUUCUGGUACCCGGAGAAACUGCUUGUUUUGCUUGUGCACCUCCUCUGGUCGUGGCAUCUGGAAUAGAUGAACGGACACUUAAGCGAGAAGGAGUCUGUGCUGCAUCUCUGCCUACUACUAUGGGUGUUGUUGCGGGGCUUUUGGUUCAAAACUCUCUCAAGUUCUUACUAAAUUUUGGUGAAGUUUCUCCCUACUUGGGUUACAAUUCACUGAAGGAUUUUUUCCCAACCAUGCAAAUGAGACCAAAUCCACAAUGCUCUAACGCAGCUUGUAUGGAACGGCAGAAAGAAUACUUGCUUGCAAAACCAGCAAGGGACGCUGCUGCUAAAGCUAAGACGGAAGCUGAUGCGUUAACAGCCGUUGAUGAUGGCCCACUCCAUGAUGAUAAUGAGUGGAACAUAAGUGUGGUUGACGAUGAAAAUGAGAAGGAUACCGCAAAAGCUUCCUCAAGUUCAGAUACAUUGCCAGAAGGGCUUACUAGGGAGCUUCCAGUCGCAGAUGAGUAUGAGAAGGCAGUAGAUAUAGGGUCUGGAGAGGCAGAGGAGGAAGAGUACGACCUUGAAGAUCUCAAAAAGCAGCUCGAAGCUCUUAAUGCUGCUUGAAGGUCUUUAUGGGGUAACAGACAGACUAAAGUUCCUUAGCAGUUUUUUUUUUUAACUUGAAAGAGGCGACAAAUGCAAUUGUGUGAAAGCAAAGUAAAGAGUGUUUGAUGUUUGAUAAAUUGGAUCUCUUAGGCAUAUAAACUAUAAACUUAUUUUGAAUGAUGAUUUCUCCUUUUUACUAUUGGCUACCA